AGGAAAUCCUAACCCGCAGAACAACAACCUAACCUAAUGUGUGUUCCGUUGCCUCGGUGUUUUUGUAGAAUGUUUCUGAAAGUUCGCAACUAACCGAUACAUCAAGCAAUCACAAUGGUCAUUCAAAUUUGCAAACUGGCUAAAAAUCAAAAGAAAUGCAAUCAUGCGGCAUGUGCAGAGCAUUUUCGAAACAAAUCAGAUGUCAUGUCAGACUCCUUGUUCACAUUCUUAGAUUCACUAGCAAAAUCUCAUGUACGUUCCAGUCAGAGGCGGGUUUUCUUGACAAUUAAACAGUACAAAAUCAAAGACAUUUACCCUUCACAUCCUGAGGCACCACAUGACCCUACUCACAUCUUAAUCUUCUGCUUAAGAUGGGUGUCCUUGAACAAAUUUCAACCAAUUGGAGGCAUACUUUAUAAACCCGAAGAAUAUGAUGGAUCUGUAACAGACUUAGGAAAAACACUGGGUGAAUUUAUAAAAGCCUACUUAUGGUCAAUGAAUUUAUUAAACCUCACUGUCAUGGCCAUUGUGUCACCACCCGAUGACUAUUUUAAAAUUAUCAUUAGGUAUUUGUCACAGAGUGCUGAUUUUGAAACUGGUGAAUCACCUAUCACCUUUUUUUCUGAACAGUUUAAAAAUGUGGGUUGUAUAUAUGAUGCAGUCACAAUACAACAGAAUUUUCAAAAAGUUUACAGAGAACAUGAUAUUCUCUUUUAUGAUAAUGGUGAACAUUUGCUAGCAACAUGGGCCCACAUCAGAACAUUGUUAAAAGGUCCUGAUCAAGAAAAAAUUCGCUGGGCUCUAGAACUAGACCAAACCACCAAUAUUUUUCAGCCAGCCAUUGUUAGAAAUAUGUUAAUCAAAGUUGAUAAUGGGAACAUGACACGUGAUACUUAUGGAUCAGCAGUUCUGAUUGACAUCAUAAUAAACUUCAUCCAAUUCAUGGAGGUUUCUUCCUACACUGUCGAGAAACUGGGAAAACUACAAGAAAGCUGGGAUGAUGUUAUUAAAACUUUGGAAUCAUUGAGAUUUAAACCAGAAAGCCAACCGAACAAUAUAAAUGACAUAAACACAAUGCUGUGGUUUAUGCUGUCUGUAGCUGGGGAAUCAUAUACUAAGACUUAUCGCAAAUUAAACGAAAAAUAUGGUAUUGGUAAGCAGGAAGACGCUGAAAAUUCGAAUAUGCCAUUAACAAAUUUAAUGAGCCAUCACGUAGAUUUUGUAUUUAAUGAUGUUUUCGUUGAUAAAUCAAGAAGUUUCAAGUUUGGCAAAGAAAACAAAGAUGUGUCUACCACAAGAACCAAAAAGCCAUACUCCAGACCAGAUUCGAAUGGUCCAAAUUCGAAAAAUACAAAAUCACCAGAGGCAAAACCAUGUGACACAGAUAAAUUACAAACUGACAAUGCUCAAGAGAAGCCAUUCCCAAGAAAGAGUAAGAAAAAGUCAAAGUCUCCCAUGCCAUCACCCACAGAUUUGGAUUUUGACGAGAAAUUUGAAAAGAUUUUUGAUGAAAAACUUACUAACCUUGGUGCAAGAAUUGAGGUACUAAGAAAAUGUUGUAAAGAUGCUGACAAACCUGAAAAUAAAGAGGCAGUUUCCAAAAAGUUCAAAGAAGUUUUAACUAAUGAUCUAACAUAUUUAAUUUCAUCCAGUAAAAUGAUACAAAACAGCCUCUCAGAAAUUAAGAACUCUAAUUCAAGAAUUAAAAAUGCUCCAUAUUCUAGGCCCACAAAAGAAAACAAACUUCAUACUCAUCACCCCCCAGUUAAACAUAUAGAUUCAAUUGGAGAACCAGAAAUAAAUAUUAACAUUAAUGAAGCUUUGACUUGUAUAAAACAGUCAUUAUUGAAUCAUCCUGAUGACUAUUAUGUUGGAAGCAGUAGCCCAGAUUCAAAACACAGUGAUGAUGAUUCUGAGGAUAUGAGAGGAUUGAUUGAAGCAGUCAAUGAAACAAUAUCAAGCUGGUCUGAUGAUGAUGCAUGUCUGGAAUCCCCAAUAAGCCCUUCAGAAUUAAAUGAUUUAAGCUACAAAGGAAAAGAUUCUUCUGUGGGUAAGACUGUUGUGAAAAAAGAAGAACCUGUUAAAGAGUUUCCAGAAAAGAGUGAAAUAGAAAAGCAUACUUCAGUAAAGAGAGGGAACAAACCAUAUACCAGACCUGAUUCAGCUACAGAUAUGAAAGCAGCACAAGCAGAAAAAGUAGAUCAAAAUCCUAACACUAUCAAUUUUAGUUUGAAAGAAUGUACAAAUUUAAUUAACAAGAUGAAAAUUGAACGACCCACUCCCGAAGAGGACAUGAGGAAACAAACUUUUGAAGAAAUAAAAAAUUUAUCGUUAAAGUCUGUUAUGCGUGAAUUUGAAUCUCAUAUAUGCGUCUUCGAAUAUAUUUCAUGUAUUAGAACUGUUAGACACACGAUUCACAAACUGGCUGCCUUACAAAGUGAGAAAGUUUUUACGGAAGCGUUCACUUGCAAACAUACGGACUACUUUGUGAAUUUAAUCAAGAAAGAUAUCAAUCAAUUAUAUGUGCCUGAAACUUUUUUUGAUAAUAUUAAAUGCGACGUACACGAUAAGUCGCAAGCAUUUGCUGUGUUAGAUAAAAACUCCGGCAAUUUGUUUUGUUUGAAACAGUAAGGUCUUGUUUUUUAAAUUUGUAAGAUUUUACUUUUUACUAAAGUUUUAGUGUCAGAAUCAAUAUUUAUAUAAAAGGGUUCCCAGAAUUGAUGGAAUGUUUUUAAAAUGUUUCUUGGAUAAUAGUUAGAAAUAUGAGAUGAUGGUCUCCUGUGUAAUAUUAUACUAUGUAUUACUUUUUUUAUCCAGUUAAAUUACACAUUAAUUGUAAUCAUUUUCUGGCUGAAAAGUAAACAUGUUUUGAGUAUUUUUGGAAACACCUUACACAUAAAUAUUGAGCUGUUCAUAAAAUAAUGGUUUUUUGGAUAUCUUAUGACAAUAUUCAUUUCUAAAAUGGAAUUAUAACAUCACACUUUUGUAACCAAUUUAUCAUUGUUUUAAAACGGUUAUUGACUUAACAUCACAUACCAUUGACAACGUUUGUUUCUUCUAACAUUUAAGGGACAAAACAGCAAUAUUAUCCCUAUAAUUAUGUGAUUAUAUUGUCAAAUUGAAAAUUACAUUUUAGUCAACACACUUGACAUUCAGUUACAGCAUACAAAGAAUUGUACAGAUAUAUUUGAUUACUUAAAGUAAGAUUUUCAAUUUGACAAGAUAGAAAUUUAAAUCUAACUUGUGAUAGCUGUUGGAAAGACUGGCUUUAUUUAAAUUUAAGACUGCAUGCUUCAUGGUUUGUUUGCGGAUUACUAUUUUUAUAUUUCAUGUUCCUUGUGUUAAGGAAGUAAAAUUUUAUUUUUCUUCAAAUUUUGUUUAUGUUUUAAUGUGCUUAGGGUAAAAGUAUUUUAGUUAAUUUUAAAAAUGAACUACUAUGCUAUUUUUACAUGUGGUUUCUAUGAAUUGUAGUUUCCCUGGAAAAACUGCUGGUAUUCCUGUGAUGUGACGUGUACAAUCGUACUAGAAAUGUUUCUUUUGUAGUCUUGUUUCUGAUAGUAUUAUUUUAAAUUUUUAUUCUUGUACCUUAAGUACAAUUUGUUACAUAGUGAUGUUUAUAUUGUUUCUAUUAAAAUGUGUAAAGUA